AUGCAGUGUGACGAUAUUACAUGGAAUAUUCUCAACAAAGGAAUGUGCUCCUUUAAAACAAAGACAAAAACGCAGAAGUUUUGUCGUAAUGAAUAUAAUUUGACGGGUCUGUGUAAUCGAGCGUCAUGUCCAUUAGCUAACAGUCAAUAUGCUACAGUCCGAGAGGAGAAAGGCAUCUGUUAUUUAUACAUGAAGGUAGUUGAAAGAAGUCACUAUCCACGAAGACUCUGGGAACGAAUUAAAUUAUCACGAAAUAUGACUCAAGCUGUUAGACAAAUUGAUGAUGCAUUAUUACAUUGGUCUGAAUACGUUAGACAUAAAUGUAAAGCGCGUUUAAUACGUAUACAUCAGUAUUUGAUCAAGAUGAGGAAAAUGAGCCUUCGAGAAAGACAACAAAAGAUUAUUCCGAUACAACGGAAGAUUGAAAGACGUGAAGUGAGACGAGAAGAAAAGGCACUCAUUGCUGCUAAACUGGAUACAGCUAUAGAAAAGGAGUUAUUGAACCGUCUACGUGAGGGAAUUUAUGGCGGAAUCUAUAAUUUUAGGCAAGACUGUUUCAAUCGUGUGCUUGACGAACAGGAGGAGGUGGAUGCAGAAUUCGAUCGUGAAAUUGAAAUCGAAAAGGACAUCGGAGUUCGUGAAUACGUUGCUGAUUUCGAGGAAUCAUCUGACGAAGAUGGUGAUGAAGAUAUAGAGGAUGCAGGAAUGAAUGACUGUUGGGAUGAGGAGGAGACCAGUGGUGAAAAUAAUGAGGUGACUGAAGAUGAAGACGAAGAAAGCCCCGUGGAAGAUGAAGAGGAAGAGUUGAGCAGAGAAGAAAAGAAACCGGUGAAUACGAAGAAAAAGAAACGAGUGAGGUGGAAGGAUCUGAAGGACAAACACCCAAGACGUGAGCCUGCCAAGAAGCGCCUGCGGCGGGUGCUUGAAAUCGAAUACGAAACCGAAGAACCGGUGAGGAGUAAACAGAAGCUAUGA